AUGGAUGCAAUUGUGCAAACCCUGCUAGCCCACCCAUGGCUCGCUGCUUUGACCGUGUUCCUCUGUUGGCAUGCGACAAGAGCCGUAUACCUGAUCUACCUCAGCCCCUUGGCAAUUUUCCCUGGCUCGAAAUGGGCUGCCCUUGGGGAGUACUGGGAGGCUUACUGGAAUAUCGGGACGCGUCCAGGCCAGAAGGGUCAGACGCUCUUCAAACUGGAAGAGAUGCACAAGAGACUCGGUGCUGCCCUGCGUAUGGGGCCCAAUGAGGUCCAUGUGUACGAUCCUCAGUUCUACCACAAACUCUAUUUCCCAAAUAGCAAGUUCUACAAAGACCCGUCUAUGCACAAGGUACUGGGGGCGCCUACGAGUACCUUGGCCGAAAGCGAUCCUAUUAGGCAUAAGCAGCGCAAAGCGCCGCUUGAGCCAUUAUUUGCAAAGAGAAACAUGCAGGCGCUCGAGCCUAUGCUGAUGGAACAUGUAAACCACUGCUGCGGUCGCUUUGACGAGUUCUACGACGCUGGAAAGCCGGUCUCGAUGGAGUGGGCGCUCAAGUCGCUGGCCAUGGAUAUGGUCUCCCAAUUCGCCUUUGGCAAGUCUUUGGGGGCAUUGGAUGACCCCGAAUUCAAGUCGCUGCCGGUGCAGGUAUUUAAACAAUAUCUGCCAAGUCUACACAUUAUCAAAGCGUUCCCAUUCAUCCGGCUGCUCCACAAGCUGCCGCGCUGGCUGACACACCGGAUGUCGCGUUCUAUUGCCAUGGGUCAUGAGCUUGAACAAUUCGCGGCCCGUCGCAUCGACGACUUCGUAGCACAGAAGGACGCGGGCAAGCUGCCGUCGUUCCCCACCAUCAUGGAGCGAUUGCUUAUUCCUAUCCCCGAGAAGGGCUACAUAGUACCGGACAAGCAGGGGUUGCGUGACGAGAUUUUGACAACGAUUUCUGCUGGUGACGAUACCACCGGGAUAGCGAAUAUGGUGACUUUGUACAACAUUGUCCGCAAUCCUGUCAUCCACUCGCGCCUGCUGGCGGAGUUGAAAACAGUACUACCUGAACCAGAGUCGCAUGCUCCGUACCCAGAGCUUGAAAAGUUACCUUAUCUGACCGCAGUAAUCAAAGAGGGGCUGCGCUAUUCCUCCCCAGCGGCGUCGCGUACUCCCCGACUGGUGCCGCCUGGCGGUGUAACGCUGCCUGAUGGACGGUAUGUUCCUGCUGGUACGCGUAUUGGUAUGGCCAUCUAUCAUAUACACUACAACGACUCUAUCUUCGAGAAUCCGCGCACUUUCGAUCCCGACCGUUGGUUACAAGCGCCAGAAGAAGUUGCGCGUUUGAGCCGCUUCAUGGUAGCUUUCUCACGCGGCAGCCGAUCGUGUUUAGGCAUCAAUCUCGCAUACAUGGAGAUGUACAUGGCUAUAGGCUACCUGAUACGCCGCUUCGACUUCCAAUUAGCGGGCACAACCCCUGCAGACAUGGCAUGGGACGACAUGGUAGUGCCGGAGUUCCAUGGGGAGCUCCUCGUGGUACCGAAGCGACGCGACAGCUGA